ACUCAGAACCUGUAAAACUCAGCCAUCUUGUCUACCCCAAAACCUUCCCUUUUCCAAUAGAUCAGAAAACGUACAAUGGCGGCAAAGCUUAGUUUGGUUGUUUGCGUUGCGGUGUUGUGCAGCAUGGUUGUGGUUGCGCCCCAUGCAGAGGCCGCCAUGACUUGUGGCAAGGUGGCCAGUUCCUUAGGCUCUUGUCUCACUUACCUCAAGGGCACUGGACCUUUGAUCGGAGGCUGCUGCAAUGGCGUUAAGGGCCUAGUCGCCGCAGCUAAAACCACCGCUGACCGCCAGACCGCUUGUGGUUGCCUCAAAUCCAUGGCCACCUCAAUCUCCGGCCUUAAACCUAACCUCGCCUCUUCCCUCCCUGGAAAAUGCGGCGUCAAGGUCGGCUAUCCCAUCAGCACCUCCACCGACUGCUCCAAGGUUCACUAGAAAAGAUGGGAGAGUGCAUGUUUUCUCAGACACGACAUUACAACGAACUACGACGACCG